AUGUUACGUAUUAUAUCUGCUAGAUGUUCAAAUUCUUUUGUAAAUCACUACUUAAAAUCAUCUAUAAGAAGUAUUUCUACAACAAAAUGUUUUUUGAAAGAAGAAACAAAAGAUAAAAUUUCAUCUUAUUCAAAAGAAAAUGAAAGAGCUAUAUCAAAAUCUAUUUUAGAAGAUAUAUAUACAUAUCCUGCAGAAGAGAAACCAAAGACUUUUGCUGGAAAAGCAAAACAAGCAACAGUUAAUACAUUUUGGUAUGCUUGUCUAGGUGCUGCUGUAGUAGCACUAGGAGGAUUAGCAUAUGCAGUUCUAUCUGAAUUUUUUUCUCCAUCCAGUCCUAGUGUUAUAUUUUCAAAAUCUUUAGAUAUUGUUCGUGAUGAUCCUAGUAUACAAGCAGUUUUUGGAAAUUCUAUAGCUGGUUAUGGAGAAGAAAACAGAAGAGGAAGAAGAAAGGAUUAUCUUCAUUAUAAAUAUGAAAAAGAUGGAGAACAAAGAAUAGGGGUUCAUUAUAAUAUUAAAGGAAAUGAUAUUAAAGGAAGAGUUACUGUUGUUAUGGCAAAUAAAGAUGGAUCCUGGGAUUAUAGACUUAUUUGCGUUGAAACUGUCACAAGACCUUAUCAAAAGUUUAUUGUUAUUGAUAAUAGAAAUAAGUAA